AUGCGAAUCGUGCAACCUACCCUCGCCAUCUCAGGCGCCCUGGCCCUAGCUGUGCCGUCCAGCGCUCAAAACAUGUCCUUCGGCGCCAACAACUUUUACCAUAGUCCCAUCGCUACCGCCAUUGCUGGCAACCUCUUCAUCCUCAACAACAUCAGCCUCACGGACGCCCGUCCUGCCAUCGUCGUCAGUCACCCCAUGGACGCCGUGAAGGAGCAAAGCGCCAACCUUUACGCUACAAAGCUCGCUGAGGCCGGCUUCGUCACUGUCUCGCUUGACCUCCCCUUCUGGGGCGGCAGCGAAGGCGAGCCACGCAAUGUCGUCUCGCCGGAACCCUACGCCGAAGCCUUCAGCGCGGCAUUCGUCUCUGUCGACCGCGAACGUAUCGGUGCCGUCGGCAUCUGCGGCAGCGGGGGAUUCCUCAUCAGCGCCGCGAAGAUCGACCCGCGCAUCAAGGCUGUCGCGGCAGCAAGCAUGCACGACAUGGGUGCUGUAAACCGCCAUGGUCUGCAGCACUCUCAGUUCCUCGCGGCGCGGAAACGGGUCAUGGCAUCCGCAGCUCAACAGCGAUGGGUUGAAGUGGACGGCGGAGCCACCCAGUACACCAGCGGCACGCUUGAAGUCCUUACGGCCAAUUCGACGGACAUCGAGCGCGGUACGACUUUUACCGCACCCCGCGGGGCGAGUUCACGCCCGAGGGCACAACGCGGAAUCUGA